CACGGAACUAUACUCGUCGCAGUAUCCACCUUAUUUGCGCGCACACAUGUAGACAGACACAGAGACACAACCACAAGCCAGCAAACGAUCAGUUCAGAAGCCGCGCCGUCAUCGUCCAUCCAUCCAUCCAUCCAAAAAGACAAAGAAAAAUGCCCUUGGACGGUCGAUCGAUCAUGCAUUCCAUCGCCGCUAUAUAGCCUUCGCGUCAUACGGCACUGGCACUCCCGGCCAGCGCCUGCGUGUCGCGCGCAUCGACGCCCUUCACCUCCCCGCCUUGCUGCUGCUCCAUCCCCUUGUUAAUUGCAGCGUACCAGCUGGAUCGGCCGAUGACUCGUAUGUCGCAGGGCGGCAGCUGAUCUGCCUGGGCGUCGUCGGCUGUCUUGCUGCCCUCAGACAUUGCCGUCCCCUCCGAUACUUUUCUUGGCGGCUUUGCUGCGCUCCUGUGUGCGGGGAUGUUCAUGUCGCAGUGCAUGUCGUGCAGCGUGUCGUAGAAGGGCUUGCCCAGCGUGUCGGGCAGCCCAAUGAAACCUGCAAUAAAUCGAAAGAGACACAUAUGACUUCCUUGGUGCUGCACGUUCCCCCCAUGCACCUGUGACGCCAGCAAUCGUCGCCGUGAGGCCGAAUAUGAGGCUGGGAAGGCCGGGCGAAGCCACGCCUAGCGAGAUGACUUGCGGGGCGGCAAUGCCUGCACGCAACCAAACCAACAAGGGGACACACAUGCAAGAGACACAAGGACAUGCACAGGCAGGUUGUAAGUCUGAACCUAAGGAUGCCCACCCACCUGCGACACGCGCUGCCGUGCUCAUCAUGCCCGUGGCCGUGCUCCUCACUGCACCAACACAUAUUUUGAAUGGAUAGGCUUGUCCAUUGCUUCGAUCGGUCGUUGCUUACAUGAGGCUGGGAACAUCUCGGCGGCAUACAGGUAAAUGCCGGCAAACGUCAUGGACACGGAAAACCGCCCAAGCAGCGCCACGACCAUAAGUCCCCAUCCCCCGGGGCCCGCCAGCAUGGCGCAUCCCAGACAAAGGAGCCCCCCGAGGAGCAGUGAGCCGUUGACCACACCUUUUCUGCCGCCCAGUCGCCUCCAAGCCACGGCUUUCACGCCGAGUAUGACGGCGGGCACCUCACACGCGCCGUUGAUGAAUGUGGUUAUCUGGCUGGUGGGUCCGAUUCUGCCCGCAGAAAGUGAGAGCCCGUAGUAGGCCAUCGAGGUUGCGAACCAGGUCAGUAAGCUGACGUAGAGCCGCUCGGCGACGGGCUGCACCGUCAAAAGGCUCCAGACAGAUGAUUCGCGGCCGGAGGGACGGGUGGGAUGGGUGGAAGAUGGCUCGCCUAGCGAUGACGCUGUGGUGGCGUGGGCAAUGGUGGUGGUGGUGCUGCUGCUGCGGCGGAUACUGCUGCCCCUGGUGUUGUUGAGAAGGGAGGGCAGUGAAGCUGGCGAGACAUGGGGCGGGAGGGAUGUGCCGUUAAUGCGGGCCAUCGUGCAGAGGGCAUCAUACGCUUUGGCGUAUCUCUUGGUCGCCGCCGCCCAUCUGGGUGACUCCACAAACAGCGGACAAAGCAGCAACAGAGCCAGCAGGAACCCCGGCAAAGAGACAGCCAGUGUGAGCCACCGCCAAGACAAUAUGAAGUAGGACAUCACCGCGACCAGGCAGCCCCCGACAGCGAAUCCACAGUGGGUGAGAAUGGUGAUGAAUAGCCGCUUGUCCGCACACACAACCUCGCUGUUGAGGAUAUAGACGCUCAAGCCGAGCCCGCCGAUGCCAAUCCCAGUCCCGGCACGCAGGACGACGUAAGCGACGAAGGACCGGGCGACGGCAGAUCCGACCCCACAGAAGGUGACGAAGGCCAGCGACACGAUAUACGCGGGUUUUCUUCCCAGAUGGUCCGCGAGGUAUCCUAUGGCCAGCACGCCGAUAAGGAAUCCGAGGAAAAAUGCGGAGGACGCCAUCUGUGCGUCGUAGAACACGGAGCCCCUCCUGCUGCAGUAGCCGAGGUCCCACUCUGAGACCACAGUGGAGCGGUCCUCUGACCCAUACCUGAGACACACACACAGAAAGGAGACCGCCCAGACGAGUGCAUGGCGCAUGCCGAUCUUCUUGGUGGCUGUGCAUUCCACUCUUCCAGUCACGUGAAGGUAUGAGCGCAAUCUGUCUGCUCGAGGAUCUCUCCAUGGCGACAUCCCGCCGGAUCGUUGGAUGGAUUGUGGCAGAUUCUGGGCGGCUCUUCGGCCAUGAAUACGAGGCUGAUGGCCUGUGCCCCCACCAGAAUCCAUGGUGGCGUGUCGAUUACCCAUGAGAACCCCCGCUGGAACGCGCCGUACGAACCUGAUCGGCCACGAAGAUCCAAAGUGACAGCAAUUGUGAAUGGUUUCUGCAUACCAAUCGCCUCAAUGAUGGCCUCCAUCGGAAAGAGAGAGCGGUUUCUUGGCUGCGAGCUGGUCG